GGGGUAUACUUGAGAUUUCGUGGUGAGAAAGACUUCACUUCUUCCAAAAUUUUCGUCUUGGACAUCAGACAGUUGUGGUUGUUUUUAUUUCGAGAGUUAGCCCUCACGUCGAGUUCCAGGCAGUGCCUGUCGUGGAGUAUCACCGACUGGUCCGUCAGCUAUGAGUGCCAAGAAAGUUUCGUCUUUAGCCGACUUGAGAGUGCCUGAGCUGAAGAGGCUACUCCGUGAACAUGGCUUACCCCUUUCCGGAAAGAAGGACGAACUGAUUGGGAGAUUAAAGACAUUUGCGAAAACUUCAGGCCGUGCUGAAAGUAGCUUUCUAUCGCCACCGGUACAAGGCAACGUCAGUAAUCCCCCAGCACAGUCACAACCACCGCCUAUACCACUAUCCACAGAGUCGAUAGAAGUGACCCGUACGAAAAGCAAGCUUCCAGUCGACCCGAACUUGUGGAAGCCCUUGGUUGACAUUCGGACUGCCUUGCCGAUGUUCACCAUGGCCAACAUGGUGGCUUAUUUCAUUUAUGGUCAGUCCACUGAUGGGAGCCGAAUGAACUUCAAGGCUGUAAAUGAGCAUGCCCUGCUUCUAUUCAGCAAUGGAUUGGUGCAGGCCAUUAAAGGUGCAGUGGAUCCCGAAGAGCAAGGAACAAUGUAUCUCCGCUGCAUUGUGCUGGCAGAAAUGAAACAACAAAAAACCUAUACCCUAUACAUGAAGCUGGACAGAUAUGCAGAGGUCCUGUACGCAGAGUGUGGCUGUCCUGCUGGCCGCCCUCCUCACGCUUCCUGCAAACACCUUGCGGCAUUUGCGUAUGCUCUUGAGGAGUUUGUGCGGCUGGGGUACCACCGGUCAGCAUUGACUUGCACGGAAGAGGCCAGCAAAUGGAAUGUGCCACGGAGCAAGAAGGUUGAAGUGUGCCUGCUAAAGGAUCUGGUGUUUAAAAAGGCUGCGUACAGCAAGAGCAGCGCAACGCCGGUAGCUGCUGCACGGAAGGAACUGGACAAGCCACUUGCCCCACCUCGGCUGCCAUCAACUGCCUUGCUGACUUUCGCCAAGAACGUAAACGAACUUAGUACCCGCGGCGUGGCAAUGGCUUUCACCCACGUUCUGCCGUCCGAGUCAACGCUGGUUGCAAGGGUGGAACGCAUUGCACGGGCGAAAGAACAGCAGCAGGCGUGUCGUGAGUUGCGGGCUGAAGGCACAGAUAAGGCUUCUAAGGGUGCAUCCUGUGAACCUAGUCCUAGUGGUGAACCUAGUCUCAGUGGUGAACAUAGUCCAAGUGGUGAACCUGACACGCAACUUACCCGAGAGGAAGUGAAUCCGCAGUCGCUCAUGGAUGUGACUGGGAAUGCUAGUGACAACAGACAAGUGCAAGAGUACCCCCUGCCUUGGGGUGGCUCUCACCGGACAGAAGAUGGCAAACAGUUCUAUUUUAGCAAUACGUGCCCACUGGACAAUGGCUUGAUGUUUUGUUUUACUCUCCUCAGCAGCAAUGACAUAUAUAUUCAUGAAUUUAGAGACGCAGCUAAAAGUGGGAACCGCGCAGCUCAUGCCCUGCUGGAUAUGUGUGGGUUCAUUGACAUUGGCGAACCAGGCGCAGCGAAGUACAUCUGGUGGCACGCCCUUGAACUUCUAGGCCUUCCCCGAGUACCCUGUGAUGGACAGAACAUUAAUUUCUAUGGUUCAGAAGCAGAUCGGUUUGUUAUAGCGUUUAAUCAAUCGUUUUGUCUUCCGUCAGUAUCCUACGAAUGUGACACGUGCAAUGUGAAGAAAGAUGUCGUCACUCCAGAAAUCUUUAUCUCUGCAGAUGGAGACCUAUCUCACCUGCCUGGGCCGGACCAGGUAAAGGUGAUGUUGAAUGCCUGGUUUUUUCCGGGAAGUCAGCCUUGUCGUUGUGGUGGUGUGCGCUCGUAUUCUCGACGGAGGUUGCAGGUGCUACGUGGCUCCAGAGUGGGGUGUUCUGUGGCAUUCUUUUGCUGCAUUUGCCGCGAAAUGGUUGGUCGGCACACAAUUUAUUCUGCUGCAGAUUUUCCUUUACAGGUUGAAGUGCCAGGCACUGAUUCCGGCCGCCUGACUGCAUACCGGUUGCUGGGUGUGACCUAUGGAAAUGGUCAACAUUUUGUGUCUCAUAUUCAUGAAAAUGGCACGUUUUAUUUCUACGAUGGCAUGAAUGCAGCCACAGGGGGGCGGCCUCAGGCUGUGGUUGGCCCUCCAGUGGCUCCAGCUGGCUAUCAGCUUGGCCACAUUAUGUAUGCUGCAGUUGUACCGGCAUGAAGAGCAUAUUUUAUGUGAGAAUUUUCAUGAUCUGUCACUCAUAAUGUCGUAAUGAGAAUGGAUACUUGUUGGGUGUGUACGGCAUCACAUCUGCUUGGGAGCACGGCUCCAGAGCAGAACAUCUUUAGUCACAGAAAAGUGAAGGCCCAUUCCAAGUCCGAUGUAACAAACAAACACCAAAAUAUCCUACAAUGUACUGCAUUAGAUGCCUAACGGAGUAAGGUGUGCUGUCCUGAAGGCAACAAUACAGGCUACAUAAGGAGGCGCACAGAUCACAAGUAAUGCAAUGUCGACAGUAUACAAAUUCAAUGG